CCCAUCAUCAAUAUCAUCCACCCAAGAACCAAACAAAACAAGAACAACAUCAGGGUGCCUUCAAGAUUCAAUUUUUACCUGGUUUAGAUAUAGUACAUGACAUAGAGGCUCGAAUCGCUGUUCAUAAUUUCUUGGAUUUAAUCUAUACGGAGAAGGGGCAUUUUUUUCCUUGUGUUUGUUGUGAGAAAGUAUGCAAAUUGAGAGGAUGGUUUCUAUGUCUUCAAGGACUGGGAGGGACUUGCAGAGGUAUAAUGUUCAAGGUUGUCGCCAAGUUGUAGGAUGCAUACCAUACAGAUACAAGAAAGAUUACCAUUCACCUUCAGUAAAUGGGACCCCAGUUGAUGAUUUGGAGUUUCUUUUGGUCAGUUCACAGAAAAGUCCAAGGCUGAUGUUCCCUAAGGGUGGUUGGGAGCAAGAUGAGUCUUUGGAAGAAGCAGCUUCUCGUGAAACAUUUGAGGAAGCUGGGGUUUUAGGAGAAGCAGAGAGUUGUUUAGGAACAUGGUAUUUUAAGAGCAAAAGCAUAGAUGCAUUUCAUGAGGGGUUCAUGCUGCCAUUGUUUGUCACUGAGGAGCUCGACGAUUGGCCUGAGAGAGAUGUCCGCCUUCGAUUAUGGGUGUCGUAUGAGGAAGCAAUGGAACGAUGUUUUCAUCCGUGGAUGAAGGAGGCUCUAGAUGCUUUCGUUUCCCAGCUCACCCUUCGUCAAGUAGGCGAAAAACACCCGGGAAACGCCAUGGAAACCGAGGAAACAUUGGCAAUUGAGGAACAAAUAGUCGAGAGCUUGUCUCAGGGCGUGCAGAGUAGCGAAGAAAUGGUAACGAGUGAGGAGGAAGAUAUGUUGAUGGCUGAGGAGCCUAGAAUAGAUAUUGUUUCUCAUCAGAGUAUGCAAAAGAAGGAAGACAAAUCUUUAGGGACACUUUACUGCAUAGAAGUGGUGGCGAUCGAGGAACAAACUAUAGGCGGUGUAGAUCAGGGUCUGCAACGGAAGGUAGAAGAGCAGCCAUGGAAUGCCUUACUGAUGAUUGAAAAAGGAAGAACUGCGAGACGCUUCUUGUCGAUGGGGUUAUUCAAAGAGGAGCCAAGAAUGGGGAUUGUUAUAGCAUAAACAACUAUAGAGGAAGCUGAUUGUUGGAUAGCACACAAAUUGGUCUUUUUGGUUUGAGCGGCAAUUGAGGCUGGUUUACCUCCUUGUGGUUCUUUGCUGAUUAAGGUAACAAGACGGGGUUUAUCUAGUGCACACUCUUUGGUAAUGGCUGUAGGUUUCCCUCAUCACUCAAAAAAAAAUUGUGUGGAUAGUUAAAGAUGAAGAUUAGGGGAGUAGAAACAAAAGAAAAAUAUCAACUUUUAGGAAGUUCAUGUGUAUGUGUAGAGAGAAUUAGGGUUGGGGGAGAAGUUGUACAAACUUUUGUUACUUGAUUAUUCUUUUAUUCAUUACAAUGAAGCAUUGACCAUUCUUUCACAA